AUGUCAAGUUUGUUUUUAUCAACCGGCGCAUGGCAAUCAUUUUGGCGCGAAUACGUGUCGCGCGUGUGCCGCGUUUUUAGGUGAGCUAAAUACAACGAGAUUACGUGAUGACGCUAGGCUGAUCUGUGUGAUUAAAUAAUAAUUGAACGUCUUUUGCAGAAGAUCUAAUGUCUCGAAGAAUCCGAGUAGCAAAUGUCGACUUUCGAAUAAUUUAUGUGUUCCGAAUGAUGAAGGAAGGUGGUUUUGUAAAAAGUGUCGGAUGAAGAGAUGUUUGGACCUUGGAAUGACACCAGAUAGUGAGCUAUUUUUUACUUAUGCUUCAACUGAACUCAAGGAUUUCUUAGAAAAUUCAGAAGUCUACAUGUAGUGUAACGUGGCAAAAGGCAAAAGGCUCCCACCACACGUCAUAACUUUAUUAUUAGAAUAUUUUGAUUCUUGUGAAUUUUUGAGCACAACACCUUUAUCAACGGGUCAAUAAUCAAAAGAAACAAUAAAAAAUAAACCGAUUAAUUGUGAGGCAGAAUGAGUUAUGACGUGGAAAACUAUACUCUUUGAAAAGUUUGUUGGAAUUCCCGAACAAUCUUAGAUUAUUUAAUUGAUUGAAAAAUCACAGACCUCUGUCUUGUUUUUGAAAUAUCAAACAAAAAACUAAAUUGUAGAUAUUCAAUAUGAUCGGGAUCUAUUUUCAACGUCGGAACAAUUCUUACAAAGUCGAGUUAAACGGAAAAUCACGGAUACCAUACCUAUGGUUAGUUUCAUUUCCACAAACCUCACUAAACAUAUAUUGUUUCCAGUCAAUGGAAGUUUGCCUUGGUCAGCCUCACUUCAUUUUUUUACUUGAUCGAGAUCAAGUAAAUACACAACGAACAUGGGUUGAUAUGACUGAUCUGAUUAUCAACUCUCAAAAAAUUAUGUUUCAAAAUCCCCAUUAUGUCGAUAAAAACCUUAAUCAACUCGAGAAACUAACACUUGGUUAUCAAGAAGUUAGAAAACUCCAAAAAUCAGAAAUGUCUGAAGUUCGAGUUAUCACAAAAGAACAAACUUGUAAAAUGUGGGAAAGAGAAUUUGAAAUGGCUGCGAGAUGGUUGAAAUACUGUGAUGAGUUUCGAGAAUUGUCACAAGAACUUCAAACUGAUUUUUUGAAAUGUAUGUGGUCUUUAUGGUCGAGGAUUGAAAGAUUAGCAACGACAGCUGAAAUGCGGGCGAAAAGUGAGAUUAAAAAUCGUCAGUAUGUUAUAUCACAUGAUAAUUAUAUUGAUUUCAAUGAGGUUAAAGUUGAUUUGAAAUGGAUGACGAAUUGUCCAGCUGAACAUUUAGCUUUGUAAGUGAUGAGUCUUUAGUCUAUUUUAUUAAACUCAUUAAAAUCUUUAGCUUCUUUGACCCAUUGAGCGGCUGGUUUUCCGAAUCUUUGGUGGAUACUUUGAUCGAACUUUCUCCCACUGAUAUCGAAAUCACUUAUCUUCUUUUCCAACUUUGUUUCCAAAUGACUGCUCAAUUAAAAGGUGGAGAGGUUCAAAAAUUAACGGACAAACUUGAAGAUAUUUUGGCAGAUAAUCUUCAUCAAUAUUAUAUUUCAAAUAAUAUACCAAGAUAUACUUUAAGGUUGACAAAACUAUUGAAUAUUAAUAAUCAAUUUAAACGGCAAUUAUUUAUUAGAAAAGAGAGAUUUGCGAUUGGUGUGAUUUUUGAUGUUUUUAAGAUUAAAUUUUCGCAUCCAGAAAUGUUCAACUUUUCGUGUUGA